GAAUCUUGCAUCUCUGGUUCUGCGUCGCCAUCUACACCGCCAUAUUUGUCGGUCUCGGGCGUUCUAACGUGUUCCAGUGUUCUAGGAUCUUCGCUUCAUUAUCCGGCUAAAAAUAUUUAAUUUGCAGAGUGCGAACUUUUCGUAUUUCUUUUCGUAUUUGUAAUUUUGAGAGAUCGCGCGUAAAUCUUACGAUGAGUAGCGACAGUAUUGAGAAAUUGUACAAAAAUUUUGGCAUCCUCGCCGAUGCUAAGGACAAGUUGGUGCAGCAUGAAAAGGAAUAUUUGGAAAUACUAACUGCAGUAAAAGGAUCUCCGAAAGAAAAACGACUAGCAUCACAAUUUAUAGCAAGAUUUUUCAAACAUUUUCCAAAACUAGCGGAUAAAGCUAUGGAUGCUCAUUUGGACUUGUGUGAAGAUGAAGACAUGGCUAUUCGGAAGCAGGCUAUCAAAGACUUGCCAACGCUUUGUAAAGAUAAUAAGGAACAUACAGCAAGAAUUGCAGAUAUUCUGGCGCAACUAUUACAAGCUGAAGAUACUUCAGAACUGGCAGUUGUACACAACAGUAUAAUGUCGCUUAUGAAAAGUGAUCCAAAAGGCACUUUAAGCGGAUUUUUCAGCCAAAUUAUUAAUGGUGAUGAUGGAACGAGAGAACGUUGCAUAAAGUUUUUAGCUACCAAGCUUAAAGCCAUAGGACAUGACAUUAUUACAAAGGAACCAGAAGAUUUCUUAAUUGCAGAAUGUAAAAAAGUAUUACAGGAUGUAACUGCUGACGAGUUUCACAGUAUCAUGGAAAUUCUUGCCUGGACUAGACUAGGAUCUACAGUUGCCGGUCAGCAAGAAUUAGUCGACAUUACAAUAGAACAAGCAGAACUGACUAUACCCUUCAAACAUACCAAUGUUGAACAAUGGAAUAGAUUAGUUCAAUGUAUUAAACAUGCUCUUCCAUUUUUCAGUUCACAGAUAGAUUCAUCCAAAUUUGUUUCGUACAUUUGUGUGCAAGUUUUGCCUCAUCUUUCGUUGAUGACUUCUCCGGACGGUAGGGAUAUUCAGUUGGAACUAUUAAAACUACUUGCUGAAUUAGCUGUAUUCUGCGGAAAUAUUGAAAAACCCGAAGAAAAAGUUCAACAAAUUUAUAAUACACUUAUUACGUACAUGCCACUUCCUCCGGCUACCGAGGUUACGGAUGUACCAAAGUUACAGUUCAGUCAUGUGGAGUGUUUGAUGUACGCUUUUCACAAGCUGUGCAAGCAGACUCCUGAAUUUCUAGUGAAAGAUGCUGAGCAGCUCAAGGAAUUUCGACUGAGAUUACAGUAUUUUGCAAGAGGUAUUCAAGGUUAUAUAAAGAAACUACGUGAAGCUAUUAGUGGGAAAACCGAGGAAGAAUUAAAGUCUGAAGAAAAUAAGUUGAAGGUUGUUGCGUUAAAAACAACUAAUAAUAUCAACAUUUUGAUCAAGGAUCUAUUUCAUUCGCCGCCUAGUUUCAAAAGUAUUAUUCAUCUUUCAUGGAAAACACCUUGUAGUGAUAAAAAGACCGAGAGAACCACUACUCAAAAACGACACACACCGAUUACAUUUGGAAACGGCAGUAGCCCGAAUAAACGUAACAAGGAAGAUAAAAGCAAUAAGAGAGAAAUAUAUACACCUCCUAGUGGCAAAUAUAGUUCAAACAUAUCAAAUUACGGACGUGGUAGAUUUAAAGGUAAUAGAAUUGGAGGAAGAGGAGGUGGAUUCAGAUCUGGAGGAAGAGGCCGUGGUCCUUGGAGAAAGAAUUUUUAUUAAUUACAAAACUAAUUUUUUGCUAUAAAGUGAGAGAAACAUAAUCGCAACCGAGAGACAGAAAUAGCAAAGAAAGCGUUUGAUUACUUUGCCAAUUUAACAAAACGCUUUUAAACAACACCAAUAUAUCACAAUAUCUAAUUUUCUAUGAUUUAUAAAUAUAACGGAGACUUUGUAGUAAUUUAAACACUAAACUGAAAUGCGCAGACGUGAAACUGCUGAAAAUGAAAUUUCCAAAUAUUUAUUUAUUUGUAAUAAAUUACGACGGAAAAAGAACAAAAUACUUGUAUCGAAAAAAUGACACAUCGUGUGAAAAAUUUAGAAACACGUUAGAUAUGUGAAGACAAAAACGAAAAAUGUACGCAAAUAAUACAUCGGCAUGUAUCAUUUGUAUCAAGAUCAAACAUGGUGUUGCAAGACUUAACAACCGAUAUUUACAAUGGAAAACGCCGAUAAAAGUGAAGAAGAAAGAAGAUCUUCUGAGAUACGAAAACUUGUCAAGACAGUAUUAUACAGAAAAACUUAGAGCAAGCUCCGACGAAGAUGCAUAAGAACCGUUCCGCUAGACUCAAAUUUGCAUCGCGAUUUGGACAAGACGAAGAUUACUAAUAGUUGACUCGAAAAAUUUGUCACACACUUCUCUCCUCUCGUCAAAAAAAAACUUCUGUAUAUAUCCAUUCCUUCCUAUUAAUUUUCCUAUUUCCAAACCAAAUCUUUAUAUUUGUUAACAUUUGUUUGUGUCAACAGGGCCGAGACGUACGUAACAGGAGCAACUAUAGAUAUACACGAGAUCAACUUGAUCGAAGAAAUACUAGAUAUAAUAUAUCUCGCAAUAUCUCUCAUAGAGAAGCAAUAUGUCUAAGUACAAUUGUACAUAUAUAGUUUAAUUGUAUAAUAACUUUAAAUUAUAUAUAUAUAAUACUAUGUGUAUAGUUUAAUUGCAUGUAUUAUAACUUUAAACUGUAUAUAUACAAUUACAUGUACACGCAUGUUGCUUCUCGUGUAACUUAUAUAUAUCUUGAAAAUCUUCGCCCAUUGUAUGUGAAAUAAUCUCUAGAGUAUGUAAAAAGAUAUAUAAUCACAUUAUUCUGAAUAUGUCUAAUCUAAACGAAGAUUGAUUUUGUAAAUCUAUAUUUCUUCGACACACACAAAUAAGAGACGGCGCUUGGAGCAGCAAUUAUUAUACCAUUGUUUUUUUUCAGGAUACAUGAUGAGAGGCUUAGACGUCGAGGACUGGAUCGAGAACGAUCAUAUUCUCUCUUUGUGAUUUGUAUAUAAUUUUUUCAUUACAGGAUCUCACAGAGCAAAGACAACCUUAGAAGCAGGACUCCGUUGGGAUUCUCGGAAAAAACUAAUUAAUAUUUGUUUUGCAGGAGCAGAUAAUAUUGUUUAUUAUUAAUGUUUGUAAUCUUCGUAUGACUGUUUCUACUGUGAGGUGAGUUUUAAGUAUCCCAUAUUCCUUUCCCUUCAUCCGAUCGUCAUGUCGAAAGACAGCUAUGUUAUAUUAUUCCUGAAAUGUCUCUAAUUAUAUACAUUUCAAUAAACGAUCCUACUUAAUAUUAA